AUGUAAAAUGUCUAAACAAGUAAAUGUGUAGCCCACUUUCAAAUAGAUCUGUCUGAAAAGGUAGGAAAGGGUACAUUUGGAGAAGUUUGUUUGGGCAGGGAUACAAAAACAUAAGAAGUAGUAGCAGUUAAAAUCAUCAACAUCAAAGCGAAUGAUAAGAAUUUCGAUCAAAUGAAGAAACUAUGUGAAAAUGAAUGUUAAAUUAUGCAGCGUUUUCAACAUCCCAAUCUUGUCAAAUUUUAUUCAUUCUAAAGAACUUUGAACAAUGUUUAUUUCAUGAUGGAAUAUUGUGAAGGAGGCAGUUUAGAUUAAUAUAUCGCCAGGAAAUGCCCUCACAAAAAUUAGUUGAAAUAUUUGGCAGAAACUGAGGCCAGGAUUAUUUUAAGUUAAAUAGUUGAUGGAUAUAAAGAAAUGUAUAAAUAGAAUAUAGUUCAUCGUGAUUUAAAACCAAGCAAUAUUCUAAUUAACAAAGGGAUUGCCAAAAUUUCAGAUUUUGGAUUCAGUAAGAUAUUACAGGAUUUUGACAAUUAAAUUCUAUAGACUUUUGCUGGUACUCCAUUGUAUAUGUCUCCAUAAAUUCUCAAUCCUCAAGCACAAAGACAAUAUUCUACUAAAACUGACAUAUGGUCUUUAGGGAUUAUUUUCUUUGAAGUCCUCUAUGGUACGACUCCUUGGAGGGCUAGUUCAUUCUCAGAAUUAAUUCUGAAAAUUUCUUCUGUGCCCUUAAGAUUUCCAGCCAUACCUCGAGUUUCUGAAUAAAUGAAAUAAAUUAUUUUCAAAAUGCUCUAAGUUGAAGAGAAGGAUAGAAUGAGUUGGGAAGAAUUAUUUCAAUUAUAAAUCUAAGAGGAUCAGGAAUCGAUGACUAUUAUAAACAGAAGUAUUAUAUAAAUUAAUCAGGAACAGGAUCUCUUGAAAAAAAAGAAUCUUGAAAAAAAUUUAAAUAGAGGUAUGAUUUAAAAUAUACAACAUGGGAGAUAACAACAAGAAAAACUAGAAAAAGCUUAUUAACAAAUAAAUAAAGAUUCUAAUAAAACUAAAUCAACUGAAUCAUUUUAGUCUCGCAAUUAAAAUUCAAUUAGCCCAGCAAGAAAAGAAAAAAUAUUUUCUUAAAAAUAAUCAACAUCACCAAUUAGAACUCUUGUGAAUUUGAAUUAAAAUCAAAAUUAAAAUGUUUUAGGAAAAGAAUAAUAGGAACAGAUUGUCAAUAACUAUAUAAUAAAGAAGAUUGCAGAAUGGAUUACACAUAAAAAGAAUAAAUCAGAAUUUCUCAAUAGACUUUCACAAUCAUUAUUUGAAUAAUGGUCAGCAUGUAUAAAUAUUGUUAUUCUUUAUAGAAAAAUUCCAAUUAAAUUAGAGUAUCUAUUUAGGAAUUUGCUAUUUGUUGACAAAAUACUAAUUUCUUAUUUUAUCUAAGAUUUUUACAAGAUUAUAAAAGAAGAGUUUAAACAAGUAAAUUAUACUUAAAUGCUUUUAGUACUACUAAAAGAUUUACAGAAAAAGAAUGGACCAUAUUUUGCUAAAGAAAAUUGUGAACUGAUAAGAGAAUUUCUAAUAGAAUUAGUUAAAAGAACAAAAAUAGCCCUCUAAGAUACAGCAAUAUAAGAAAUGAAACUAAUUAACUCCAUAGCAACUAUGGAAUUAACAGAUAAAAAAUAAUUUGAUACCAUUUUCUUAAUUGGCUUAGAAUACUAUUAUAAAAUAGUCUUGGCCUAAUUACCUAAAGAGCAGAAUGAUAGAGGCUAUUUAGAAUUUGCUGUUCGUUUAAAAGAUUGCUGUAAAAUACAUGAGAUUGUAAAAUUUCAAGAGGUGGAUUUCUUCAAAUAUGAGGAUAACAUCACGAAUUCUUCAAACUAAUAAUUACUUGAGUAAUUAUAAAGAUGA